AUGAAGCUCAACUUAUCCCAGGCAGCUGCUAUCCUCGCAUUCUGUGGAGUUGCUACCGCACAAAACUCCCAGAAUGGCCAAGUUAAUGGUCAAGUCAGUGGCCAAGGUAACAUCGUAGCUCAAGGUGCUGCAGGUGCUAACGGCAACGGCGCCGGUGCUGCUGCAGGCGCUGAUAGCAACAUUGCUAUCCUUCAAGGUAACACCAACAACGGUGGUAACGUCCUCGUCAACCAAGGUAAUGCUUCAUACAUUACUCAAAUCGUUAACGCCUACGCCACCUAUUUGCCUGCACCUACCACCAUCACUCACCAGAACUCUGUCGUUACUGUAACAAAACCAGGAUGGGUCACCAUCACUGCUUGCCCAACUGGCUGCACCAUCAUCAACAAGGUUGACACACCACCUACUGUGACCCCAGUUGGACCAGUCAUCUCUAAGACAACUGGCCCCGCUUACUCAACUGCCAAUACCACAGCAGUCCAUGUUUCCUCAACUGUCAAGACCACACCAGUCCCUGUUUCUUCAACUCUCAAGACCACAACAGUCGCUGUUUCCUCAACUGUUCAAACUACUAUUGCCAAAAUCACAACAGCACCUGCUUCCUCUGUAGUUCCAGGUGUCGUCUCCGUUGUCCCUAUUUUCAGAAACGGAACUAUCACUGCCGCUACUGUCCCAGCUGUUGUACUUACCUCAGCUCGUGUCUCCAAUGGAACCGUUGUUGCUACGGCUGGUUCCGCUGGUCAGACUCAAGUCGGUCAAGCUGGUCAAGCUGGUUCCGCUGGUCAAGCUGGUCAAGCUGGUCAAGCUGGUUCUGCCGGUCAAGCUGGUUCCGCUGGUCAAGCUGGUUCUGCAGGUCAAGCUGGUUCCGCUGGUUCCGCUGGUCAGGCAGGUCAAGCCGGUCAAGCUGGUUCUGCAGGUCAAGCUGGAGCUGGUCAAUCUGGAGCUGGUCAAUCUGGAGCUGGUCAAGCUGGUUCUGCCGGUCAAUCUGGAGCUGGUCAAUCUGGAGCAGGUCAAGCUGGUUCUGCCGGUCAAGCUGGAGCUGGUCAAACCGGAGCUGGUCAAGCUGGAGCUGGUCAAACCGGAGCUGGUCAAGCUGGAGCCGGUCAAGCUGGAUCAGGUACAACCUCAUCCAAUGGCCCCAACACUAGCGGUCCAGUCACCUUCCAAGGUGCUGCUUCGCUCAACGGUGUCAGCGCUGCUGCAGCUCUCGCUGCCGUUGCUGCCAUCGCCAUGGCCUUGUAA